UGUGUAGACAGCUAUCCUGUCAACUGUUAUUUUGGACUAACCUCAAAAAAGGGUGGAGAUUUGUUUUCGUUUACAAGUUUUUAGUCAUUCGUCAUAAAAAAACUCUCAAAUGGCAAAAAACACUCGCAGUUCGGCAUUUAGGAAGAUAGACGUUGAUCAGUAUUCAGAAGAUAACUACAAAGAAGAUGAGCCCGAUUCGGGGCCCACGCUAGGCCCUGAUGAAAACGAAGUCAACGUUUUACUGCAAAAAGGAAAACUGUUAGAUGCAUUGAGAACAGUACUAGUAAAUGCUCCUGUUGGAGUUAAAAACCCACAAGUAAAGGAGAAUGCUCUGGCAUUAGCUCUCAAAGUUAUUCUGUCUAUCAAAACAUCCCAGAUUGAUGAUAUUUUGAAUGCAUUAGACAGAGAGCUGCUUGACACUUUGAUGAAGUAUGUGUAUAAAGGUUUUGAAAACCCCUCUGAAGGAAGUAGUGGCCAUUUGCUGUUGUGGCAUGAAAAAAUCUACAAUAUUGCUGGAGUCGGUUGCAUUGUUAGGGUAUUAGCUGAUAGAAGAAGAGUUUGAAUGUUAAAUUUAUUUAGUUUGUCACAAAGUUGUAUAUUUAAUUAUGUAAAAAGUGAUGAUUAUAACACAAGGAUGACUUAGCCAUGAAUAUGAGUGUUAAAUUGAGGACUUUAAUGCAAGAAUUACUUUUGUGUAGUAAAUUUUUUGUGGAAAACAUCUGAUACUUAGAAAGAGUAGGGAAGGAUUUAAUUGUAGUAUACUGUGGUUCUAUACUGCCUAUCUCAUAAGAUAGUAGCCUUGUUUCUUCACAAUUUCAAAUGAACUUAAAACAGGAAGAUUAGUCAAUUUAUUUAGAAAUAUGAUACGAGUUUUUUCAUUAGAGCCCUUGGUUGUAUAGACUUGUGUAACUUUGUGAGUUGGUCAGAAUUUAUUGAAACCUUGUUUUGAAUUUAAGUACUACUGAAGGAAAUCCUAUUGAGCAGUGAAUUUUAAGGCAAUAAAUACAAAUAAAACACAGUUUUAAUUCAUAAAAAAUGUAAUACUUUUUUUUAUACAUUAUUUUUAUUUAAUAAAGAUAAUUGGUGAACUAUAAAA